CCUUUAGGAUCCCACUUCUGACACCAACAAAAAUUCACUAGGAAAGAAUUUAAGACAAAAACAGGCUUUAUUUUAAAAAGCAGUCUACAAGGCGCGUCGGGGAGCGACCUGAGGCACGCAGAGCUCUGAAGACCACUGCUGGCGCCAUGUUCCUCACCGCCCUACUACGCCGCAAUCGGAUUCCCGGCCGGCAGUGGAUCGGGAAGCACCGGCGGCCGCGGACCGUGUCUCUGCUGGCGAAGCGGAACAUGGUGCGUCACCUGCAGGUGGAGGCGGAGAACCACUACUGGCUGAGCAUGCCCUGCAUGACGGCCGAGCAGGAGUGCGGCCACGCCGCGGCGCGCAGGGCCCGGGCCUUCGAGGCCAUCAAGGCGGCCACCACGUCCAAGUUCCCCCCGCACAGAUACGCGGCCGACCAGCUCGGCCACCUCAACGUCACCCAGAAGUGGUCGUGAGGACAACGCGCCCGCUCGGGGCGCCACACGCCCUGGUCCUUAAAAGUAUUGUCGCUCACCUCUCCUGUCUCUCUCUUCUUGAAGCUGGUCGGAAAUAGCAAAGUUACUGGGUCACAGGUGGCAGAAGCCGCAUUUUGAAUGAACGUUGCCAUGAAACUGCACACUGUGAUUUGGGGUGUGACACACUGAUGCGGGUUUUGUGGUGUAACAGCGAGCGUGCUUACCUUCUGUCAAAAAUAAUGCUGGCCUUUAAAUGGAAAUAAGAUUUUCCCCCAAACAGCAUUUUCUUCCGAGAUUUGAGACUGGACAUUUAAGUGUGGUAAAGGUAUUUAUCAAAACUGUUAACAUGAAAGUAAUUUUUUUUUUUUUGGUGACGGCCUUGGAACGUAGCCUACAGGCUUGCACCACCACUACCUCCUCCUUGAAUGCGUAUUUUUCCUUUAUUUUUUGGCGGUACUGGGGUUUGAACUCAGGUCUUGGCACCUUCUGAGCUCUACCAGUUGAACCACACCUCCAGCCCUUAAAAAGUGUAAAGCAGAUUUUUGGAAAUACAAUUUAAUAUACCAUUCCAUUCACCAGUUGAAGAUUUUCUUUAAAAUAACCUCUGUGAAUAUAAUAAAGACAACCAGGAACUUUAUGUUACCAAAUACAACUUCCUGUAUAAUUUGGACUAUUUUAUGUAUGAAGAAUUUAUCCAGAGUUACCCCUUAGUAAUGACAAGGACCUGGCCUUGAGAAUUGCUCUUGAACAAAAUCCUAACUGCUGUACA